CAAAUAAAACGUAAAAAAACACAAAAAACUCUUCACGCUCUCUCUGCUAUUUCUCAAUCACGCUCGCUCUGAGGAAGUAGAUUGUUAAAAGAAACCCUAAUUUUCCGCGUCCUGUUCGUUAUUCUUCGCUAAAUUCGAUCAACCAACUUGGGUUUCGGUGCUGGAUCUUUGCUCUAUCUUGGCGAAUUUCAACUUCUAGGAUUUCGUGAAAGAUCAAUUACUUGACUUUUUUUCGGGGGAAUUCUAGGGCGGAGAGAUAUGAGCUUUGAAGAUCUCGAAUCUGGUAGGCCUUUGGCUUCAAGGCGAGAGCAUAUUAAUCCAAGGCAGGACCCUACGCAAGCGGUUGCUUCCGGUGUGUUUCAGAUAAACACCGCUGUCUCCACGUUCCAACGACUCGUUAAUACCCUCGGAACGCCCAAAGACACGCCCGAGUUCCGGGAGAAGCUGCACAAGACAAGGCUACAUAUUGGACAGUUGGUGAAGGAUACUUCUGCUAAACUCAAACAAGCUAGUGAAAUAGAUCAGCAUGGUGAAGUUAGUGCCAGCAAGAAGGUAGCUGAUGCUAAGCUUGCAAAAGAUUUCCAAGCAGUUCUAAAAGAAUUUCAGAAGGCACAAAGGCUUGCGGCUGAGAGGGAAACAGCGUAUGCACCUUUUGUUCCUCAAGCAGUUCUUCCAUCCAGCUAUACUGAAAGUGAGAUAGGUGUAGGUACAGAUAAGAGUCCAGAACAGCGUGCUCUUCUUGCGGAAUCUAGAAGACAGGAGGUGUUGCUACUGGACAAUGAGAUUGUCUUCAAUGAAGCCAUCAUUGAGGAAAGAGAGCAAGGGAUCAAAGAAAUACAGCAGCAAAUUGGUGAGGUGAACGAGAUUUUCAAAGAUCUAGCUGUGUUGGUUCAUGAUCAAGGAGUUGUGAUUGAGGAAAUAGACAGCAACAUUGAGGGCUCCCAUGCGGCUACUGCACAGGCAAAAUCCCAACUUGCAAAAGCAUCCAAGACCCAAAAAUCAAAUUCAUCUCUGACAUGCUUGCUCUUGGUGAUAUUUGGGAUCGUUCUGCUCAUUGUUAUCAUAGUCCUUGCAGCUUAAGUGGCGAAUUUGUUCUCUCGGUCGAUCAUAUCAUCUUGGCCACAAGGUUGGAUCAACAAGGGCAAAGUCUGGGUGGAUAGUAAUGAUCUUUGUAAAUGGUUAAUGCAGGGAACCCAAGCGGGGUGGCCGUGGGACCUAUUUUAGUACUCUUCUUAUGAUCUCUUCUAUAAUGUACGCGAUGGAUGUAUCUAUAACUUGUAAGGAUGCUUGUAUGAUCUCUGUAGCUGACUUUCUGUUCAGCUAAAAUGUUUAUUCCUUUCUUUUUUUAGCAGAAAUAAAUAAAU